UUACUUUCCCAGUCUAACAAUCGAGAACGACACGACAUUGUGUACGAGGGAUCAUUUGCCAUGCCAGUCUUCGGCAAAAGGGACCCGGACGACAAAAGGCGCUUGUACGAGAGAAUUCGCGGGCCUUCUAAGGAGGAAAUCGAGGCUGCUGUGAGAGAGCAUUUUAACCUCGAACAAGCGCAAUACAUUGAGACGCGAGAAUCCGAUCGGCAGGAGUCCAUCCAAACUCCAUGCGUGGUCUUUCUGAUCAUUGGAAAAUUCGAUGUUGGAGGGGAAACAUGCGACGAUGUAUACAAGGGUUAUACAAUUACCAACGAGAGCACCAUCGAGCUCUUAGCCCAUUCUGCCAUUGUUGUCAUGCCGCUGAAGUAA